AGAAGAAGAGGGUAAAAGGUGCUGCAUCAGUUAGAGAUAAUGAGUUCAAGUCUCUCUAACACUCCUCUUCACUCCUCAAUCGCCACCGCUUCAGCCGCCGAAACCAAUUUUCCCGCCAAAUUCCAACGGCCAACGGCCAAGUUCCGCCCCGACAAGCCCAACGACCGUGCUUCUUCAGAUGUCGCAGUUUCAAGCAGCAGAAGAGGGUUUAUACGCAUAGCCACGUUGCCAUGUCUUCUUCCCCUGACUCAGAUCAUUGGUGUUCAACAAGCCAACGCGAUUCAGCCUGAUACAAAGGAAUAUCUUCUCAUUAAAGAAGAGGUCAGGAAGGUUUUGUCGAAGGGAAAGGCGGCAGGCGUGCUUCGGUUGGUUUUCCAUGAUGCUGGAACCUUUGAAACUGCUGAAAAAACAGGUGGUAUGAAUGGUUCUGUACUCUAUGAACUUGAAAGACCUGAAAAUGCUGGGCUGAAAAAAUCAAUAAAGGUUCUGCAGAAGGCAAAGACUCAGAUAGAUGCUAUCCAACCAGUAUCCUGGGCGGACUUGAUUGCUGUGGCUGGAGCUGAAGCAGUUGAAGUAUGUGGAGGUCCAGCUAUCCAAGUUUCACUGGGCAGACAAGAUUCGCUGGGACCUGAUCCUGAAGGGAAACUUCCUGAGGAAUCUCUCAAUGCUUCUGGUUUGAAGAAAUGCUUUCAUAGAAAAGGAUUUACAACGCAAGAACUGGUAGCUUUGUCUGGAGCCCAUACUAUUGGAAGUAAAGGUUUUGGAGGCCCUACUUCUUUUGACAAUUCGUAUUAUAAGGUUCUUUUGGAGAAGCCAUGGGCGUCUUCAGGUGGUAUGACAAGUAUGAUUGGCCUUCCUUCAGAUCACGCUCUUGUUGAGGAUGAUGAAUGCUUAAGAUGGAUUGCAAAAUAUGCAGAAAAUGAGAAUAUGUUCUUUGAAGAUUUCAAAAAUGCAUAUGUAAAGCUGGUGAAUUCUGGCGUGAGAUGGAAUAGCUUAUAGUAUAUUCAUGAGUUGGAUGUUCCAAACUUCCAAUAUAGGGGCAGCUUGUUUUCUAUUGAUUUGCUGCUAGUGUAUGUGAACAUUUGCCAUGAAUUUUUGGGACCAGGAUUAAUAUUUUGUAUAUCAACAUCUCCUAUUUCUGGUUACUAAAA